AUGAGCUCGCAAGUAGCUAUCGCCUUGGUUCGUCCACCCGUUGAGGCUGGCGCGAAACCUUCUGCCUCCAUGGCGGCAUUGAUGCACUCCAAUAACGAGCCCGUCGCCGUCUCCAGCCCUAUCGCUUCCAACUCCGUCGCUUCCGAACAUCUUCCGUUCCUUAAGUCACAGUCCAAACCCGAAUCCAAUCUCACCUCCAUCGCCAGCGCCGGUCUCCACGUCUCGCGAUCCCAUCCGCCUCAGAUGACGAGUCCUGCUUCGAUGCCGGCAGAUCGACCGGUAGAGCAGGACAGGGAAGCUGAAAGCAAUAGCUCACGGGUUGCCCGUGAAGCAUUGGGCGCCAGCGAGAAGUCGCCGGGCCCUUCCCUCCACGAGCCGUCGGUCCAUGCGUCCCCGGAACAAAUGCACGUCGACGCCCACCAUAAUGGCACAUCAUCCGAUCCCUACGCCUCGACCGAUCACAACCAAAACUCACUUAUUCACACCUCGACGGUCGCGAGUCCAGGCCCCAUCGAAGAGUCUGCUUCUCAGGAUGGAGACCGAUCUCGAGCGCGGGCGGGUUCGGAGAUCGACCAAGAUAGCAACAAGGCCUUUUCCUAUCCCAUGCCCACCGGUGGCACCAGUGACCCUCGUCGCGGCCUCAGCCUGCCCAACGCGGGCUACAACCGAGGCAGCCCGCGAUCCCCCUCCGCAAAGAAACAUCGCUGCCCCUAUUGCGCUACCGAAUUCACCAGGCAACAUAAUCUCAAGAGCCAUCUACUCACGCACAGUCAAGAAAAGCCUUUUGUCUGUCAAACCUGCCAGUCUCGUUUCCGCCGACUCCACGACUUGAAACGACAUACGAAGCUUCACACCGGUGAACGGCCUCAUAUUUGUCCCAAGUGCGGACGACGUUUUGCUCGUGGCGAUGCCCUUGCGCGACACAACAAGGGGCAGGGUGGAUGUGCCGGCCGGCGGUCUAGCAUGGGGAGCUUUGCACCGGAUGAUGAGUACGGAGACGGUCAUCAUCCUGAUGACGCCAUGGAUGGGUUGGUAUACGCGGAGCCGGAGCGCAUGGAUGAGGAUGACGAGCGACGCCUAAUGCCGAGCGUCCGCAAGCACGAGGCCGACCACCUACCCCGCUCUGAUACUCUUCAUACCCAUCGUCAACCUAGCACUUACCCACCGAUUGCCGCCGGCCGGGGUCUUUUCCCACCUCCGGGCACGCAUGGUGGAUCAAUAUCCUCGACAACGGCCUCGUCGCAGCCCGCCAACUUGACCUUCCCACCGGCGGGACACCCAUCUGGCUCGUCACUCUUCACACCCACCAAUGUCAGUGACAGUCCUAGGCCGCUGUCCCCGAAUGCACUGUCUCAUCACGAUGGCGCACAGCCCCACCGCGCACACUCCCCGGGCAUGGGCCAAACAUUGCCUCAUCCACCACCAUUUGUACGGACAGGAUCCGGAUCAAAUCACGCUCCACCGAGCCUGGGUCUGCCACCUCCGCAGCCAGGCGCACCUCAGCUUCCCCCGCCUAUUAUCAGCUCACCCGAUGCCCGCUUCGGUCUCCAGGCUUCUGCCAAACACUCCGCAUCGCAUAGCCACUCGAGCACCCACAGCCUGCCCGCCCCGAAGAUAGGACCGGAGGGGCACGAAGUAUCGGGGGGUGAUGCCAAUCAGAUCGACAAGCUCUGGGCGUACGUUCGAUCGAUGCACGAAGAGAUGGCGGGUCUACGGACCGAAAUCGCGGCCCUGCGCGCACACAUUGCAUCGACGAAUACAACGACGGCACCAGCGCCCGUCGAAGUGAACCAAACCUCAGGAUCGCGGUAA